CCCCAUCGACAGCCCAUCGACAGAGCAUCAACGACGUGCGAGCCGACCGCCAUAUCCAUCAGCGAGGGUGCACAGAGCCACCACCACCACCCCGGACCAGUAACCCGAGCUCCAGAGCCACCUUCUUGUUCCCAGCGGCUUCCCAGCCUCCGCCCGAGUCUUCCCAGCGCAUCCGCCCGGCAUGGAUCAUCCCAAAGGCAUCUUGAAGCGCAAUGCUUCCUCGCGCCCGACUACAUCGCACUCAAAGCUGACAUGGGACGAAGACAACAUCAUGCUGACCGAGGCGCAACGCGGAAACACAAUGAAGAUCACCGAGCCCAAGACCCCAUUCAUUCACUACGACCACGAGCGGGAUCUCAUCCUGGGCAACACUGGUGACAUUCCUCCGAUUGAACUGACAAACGCGAUUCAGAUGGCAAAGGAGUCAGGCGGAUACAGCUCGAGAUCCUCGAUCACAUCGUCGUCGUCGUCGUCGUCCGAGAGACGAAUGUCAAGGGGCGAGUGGGACUCGUCUUCUGAAGACGAAGAGCAUCUGCAUAUGACUGCUGAAGAGCGAGAGCGACACCAACGGUUCGUCCGACUGAGAGCCCAGCACUACAACAUGAAGGCUGCACUCACCCAUCAUCAAGACGAGGAUGAUGAGGAAGACGAUGGCAACCAAGGUGCCCGCUCCGACAGCCAGAAAAGCGAAAAAUACAACGACGGCAAGGAUGCCCAGGAGGACGACAGUGAUGAAGACGACGCUGACGAGGCCGAUGACGGUAACGAAGACGCAGGCGAGACCAAUCCUUCCAGAUCAGGGCCAGCUGGCAAGGGCAUCGUUCGUCAGAAUCCGCCGAUCCAACUGCAUCAGCCCAACGCAGUUAAAUUCCCCUUGAAGUCGGCGCUCAAGUCCAGUAGCCACAGUCUGCAUUCCGAGACGAAGCACGCCGAGAUCCGAAUGUCAACAGGGUCGCUUGGCGACGACAAGAUGGAUCUCUCGUGAUGAUCUUGGCCCCCUAUCCAGAGCGGUAGACAUGCUGUUCCCGAAGCCAUAGUCAUCGCUUGUGGUCGUGACGUCCACGGCAGAUGAUGCACCGUCGUUAUGUUCGUUUGCAUCCCGAGUGUGUAUUGGGACAGGCUCGCCUGGGUCAUUGCAUUGCGCCGCCAUUCCCUGUAAUAAUAUACA